AUGUUUUCGCGUUCAUUAUUAGCUACAUCAAAGAGCUUACCCAGGAAAACCAACGUGCGUUUGGUUCAAAGAGCCUUUCUCGGUUCUUCCUCUUCUUCAUCACCAAAGGUACCGAAUGCAUGGAUUGGCCCCAAGCUGAAGCGUUUGUUCCUCGUUGGAGGUACAGUGGGUGCAGUUGGCAGUUUUGCUUAUUAUCUAUCCCAAGACCAAGACCGAGUCGUCGGCGCCUUUGGUGAAUCAGAACAUGUGCCCUACUUGGCUCUUCAUCCAGAACGAGGCGGUGCCAAGGGACUCCCCAUCUCAAAAUACUAUAUUGAUGAUAACACCAAGCAUGAAAACACGAAAGAGCGAGUGGUUAUUCUUGGAUCUGGAUGGGGCGCUAUCUCAGUCAUCAAGAACUUGGACAAGGAUAAAUACAAUGUCACCGUGGUCAGCGAUAAUAACUACUUUUUAUUCACACCUCUGUUACCAAGCGCAACAGUGGGAACAUUGGAAUUAAGAUCUCUGAUUGAGCCUGUACGCAAAAUUACAGCUAGAAUUAAGGCGCAUUUCGUAGAAGGACGUGCUACUGAUAUCGAUCUCGAGAACAAGUUGGUGGAGGUGCAAGGAUGCAACGGCGACGAGAACUUUUAUGUGCCCUACGACAAAUUGAUUGUGGCAGUUGGAGCCACCAGCAUGACACAUGGUGUCGAAGGCAUUGACAAUACAGUGAGACUAAAGACAAUUCAAGACGCUAUCCGUAUCCGCCAUCUGGUUACUGAAAAUGUCGAAAAGGCCUGUUUGCCUACAACAUCACCUGAAGAGCGUAAACGACUUCUUUCAUUCGUUGUGUGUGGUGGAGGACCUACCGGUGUUGAGUUCGCUGCUGAAAUGUCUGACUGGAUCAACGAGGAUUUAGUGAAAUGGUUUCCCAAAUUGGUGCGUGAAGACAUUUCAAUUCACAUUAUUCAAUCAAGAGAUCAUAUCCUCAACACAUUCGAUAGCAAGAUCAGUGAAUACGCUGAAAAGAGAUUUGAUCGUGAACAUGUGAAUGUCAUUACUAAUGCCCGUGUGGCUCGUAUUGAAGACAAGGAGGUGGUUUACAAGCUCAAAACCAGUGAUCCCAAUGCCGAACCUGUCAUUCGAAAGCUGCCUUACGGACUGUGCCUGUGGUCAACUGGUAUUGCCAUGACACCUUUUGCUCAGCACUUGACUCAGAAAUUGCCGGAACAAGCACAUAAACGUGUGCUCACUACCGACAAUUACCUUCAUUUAAGAGGGCUGGAAGAUGACUCCAUCUACGCACUAGGCGACUGUGCCUCGAUUGAAAACCCUAAUCUGUUGGAACACAUUAUGGAGUUUUUCCAAGAAGCCGAUUCAGACAAGGACGGAUCUCUCUCGUUACAGGAAUUUUCAGCCAUCUGCAAUGUCAUGAAGGAGCGAUUCCCAUUGACCGAAGAGCAUUUGGUGAAUCUAGAGCAAAAGUUUAGAAAAUACGACAAGGACCACAGCGGAACACUGGACAUUGACGAAAUGAAGGCCAUGUUACAGGAUGUCGACAGCGAAUUAACCAAUUUGCCAGCUACUGCCCAAGUUGCAAGUCAGCAAGGCCAAUAUCUUGCCAAAUACCUAAACACACUCUACGAAAAGAAGGACGAAUCCAGCACAAAGCAGGCAGUGGGCCCAUUCCGAUACAACCAUCUUGGUACGCUGGCUUAUUUGGGAAACACAGCCGUAGGAGAUUUCAAGUGGGGAUAUCAAAUGAUCGGUGGUUUAUGGGCACUGUAUUUAUGGCGCAGUGUGUAUUGGAGCGAGCAAGUGAGCAUGCGCACUCGAAUGAACCUCAGUUUAGAUUGGACUCGUUGCGCUAUUUGGGGAAGAGACAUCUCGACAGUGUAA